AUAGCAAAGAAGUGGCACAUUAAUGAAGCGCCUCUACAGGGGUCUUUUCUGCUCAUGUCACCACAUAAAACUAUCAGUUGGUUUGAGGAAGGACAUGGAGACAACUACUUAGCUUAUCUCCCACCCUGCAAGAAAGGAAACCUUUCCCCCCAACCCUUGUUAAUUCAGCCACUGGCCAGGACAGGAGCUCAUUCCCGAUGCUGAAGUGAAGAUCAGAGUUUCUCCGAAGAGGGACCAGGCUGGCGAAGGGCUGAAUUCCCAUCUGCUCUGCCAGGGAGGGGGUCCUGCGUUUGGACAAGUCUUUUCCUUCUAAACUGCAUUCCGGAUGCAGAGUGACAACUUCUAAAAACUCCAAGGUUUCCCCAGUUUGCAAGUGAAGAUGCCUCGUCCUGGGAGAAACACCUACAGCGACCAGAAGCCUCCCUACUCCUACAUUUCCCUGACUGCCAUGGCCAUCCAGAGCUCCCAAGAGAAGAUGCUGCCCCUUAGUGAGAUCUACAAGUUCAUCAUGGACAGGUUCCCCUACUACAGAGAGAACACCCAGAGGUGGCAAAACUCUCUGAGGCACAACUUGUCUUUCAACGACUGUUUCAUCAAAAUCCCAAGGAGACCCGACCAGCCUGGAAAGGGCAGUUUCUGGGCAUUGCAUCCCAGCUGUGGGGAUAUGUUCGAAAAUGGCAGUUUCCUGAGACGCAGAAAGAGGUUCAAGGUGAUGAAAUCGGACCAUUUGGCCCCCAGCAAAGCCUCGGAUGCCGCCCAAUACUUGCAGCAACAAGCCAAGCUGAGACUCAGCGCCCUAGCGGCCUCUGGCACUCACUUGCCUCAGAUGUCCACCUAUAAUCUAGGGGUAUCCCAGACUUCUAGCUUUAAACACCCCUUCGCCAUUGAGAAUAUUAUCGCCAGAGAGUAUAAAAUGCCUGGAGGACUUGCCUUUUCCACCAUGCAGCCCAUGCCAGCCGCCUACCCUCUACAUAACCAAUUGACUACUGUUGGAAGUUCCAUUGGCACAGGCUGGCCCCACAUGUACAGCUCCAGCAUGCUGGACACAACCACCCCCAUAUCAAUGGGCAACAGCGACUACAGUGUCAGCGCCUAUGGAGUACCUAUCAAACCUAUAUGCCAUGGGGCACAAACCUUACCGGCCAUCCCAGUCCCUAUAAAACCAACGCUAGCAUCUGUGCCAGCGCUUCCAGCCCUCCCAACACAUAUCCCAGCUAUCCUAUCGAACUCCUCUCCAUCCCUGAGUCCAACCUCUCCACAGACAGCCACAAGCCAAAGCAGCCCUGCUACUCCCAGCGACACCCUCACCAGCCCCCCCACUGCUCUGCUCUCUGUAGCCGUGCACUGACCCACCUGCUGGCACUCUACCCAUCCGCACAGUCUGCUGCCCACUUGUUUGUUGGCUCUUAGUGAGAAACUCUUCACUUCUGAAUAGAGCUUUGCAUCACGUCCCCCUUUCAACAUACUUGGGCAAGUCUUGUCUUCUGACAGUAAUUCCUAGUAUGUGGGCACUAGGGGUGUUCAAAAAGAAACGUGGGAAUUCCCAUAGAAAAUGAAAUGUCUUUCCAAAACUGUGGAAAAAUGAAACCUAAAUAUCAGGAUAACCACUGAAUUACACAAUUAGUGAUGGCUGCAAUUAACUGUCCCUAAUUAAUCUAGUUACAUAGACUUGUCACAGUAAUCAGCACUCACAAUGUACUUUUGCAGUUUUGUGCUUUGCCUAUUUUACAUUUUGGGUUCCCUCUGCAGUUACAGCUAUACCUUCCAAGUAGAAGUGAUCAGAUCCAUAGCUACUACAACUUAUAAUAAAAACAAAUACAUCAUAGUGACAGAAAUUUGCUGUCGACCUUGUUUUCACAUUACCUGCCCAUAUGUAAAUACUGAACCCACUAUUCUGCUCGGUGUAGCAAUCUUUGUCAGUGGUUAUCAUUUCACAGGCCUGAGGGAUGAUUUAUUUAGUCGAUACACACCGAGAAAAUUAUAUUUAUUAUUAAAAAAAGGAGCAGUCAGGCAUUUAGCUAUAUAGCUAUUGCUUGUUUUCAGACCUCUGUAAUACUGCUCCUGUGAGGCACCUGUAAAUGUUUGUGAAUAGGAAAGAAUAUACGUUGUGUAUAAUGCACUUUGAUUUGGACCCCCAGCUGGUUUCUAUGCUUUUUUAAAAGCUGAAAUUUGCUUCUUUGCUGUAUGUGCUGGACUGUCUCAUUCCAAGUAAAUCGGCUGUCACGGAAUUGUAAAGUAAAUGACCCUUGCGAUUGCUUAUUGUACAGGCAGCAUGGCAUCUCCAGUGUUGUGUUCCCUUCGCAGCAUGUGUGUACUGUAACACAGGCCCAUGUACAAAGACAACGGCGUUAAAUUAUGAUAAUAGUUGUGCAAAUAAUAUUUUCUCAUUAAAAUGUCUAAAAUAUA